CUCACCGCGGGAGGGAUCAUCCGGCUGCUCGACUACGCCGGGACCGCGGUGUUCGCGCACGCGGGCGCGCUGCAGGCGGGCAAGCGCGGCAUGGACGCGUUGGGAUGCGUGAUCGUGGGAUGCGUCACCGCGCUCGGCGGGGGGUCGGCGCGAGGCGUCUUCGUGGGCGAGCCGGGGGGGGUUUUCUGGGCGUGCGAACCGAUUUAUCUGCGCAUCGCGGUGGUCGCAGCGGCGGUAACGUUCGCCGCGUGGCCGUUUAUCGACGGGAAGAUCGUGAACCGGCGGCUCGCGCGUAGGGUCAUGAACUGGCUCGACGCGAUCGGGAUCGGGACGUUCGCCGUCGUCGGCGCCAGCAAGGGCAUGCUCCACGGCGGCGGAGACCCGCUGAUCGCCGUCGCGUGCGGCGUCUUCACCGGCUCGUUCGGCGGCGUGAUUCGCGACGUCCUCACGGGCGCGCCGCCGCGCAUCCUCUACUCGCAUCAGGCGCGUUCCGCGUACGCGUCCGUCGUCGCCGUCGGCGCCGCGGUCUACGUCGCGCUGUCGUGCGUCUUCCCCUCUCCGGAGACGCUCCCGACGGCGUUGCGGCUGUUCGCGCCCGUGGCGAUCGUCGUCGCCGCGCGGAGAGAGGCGUGGACGCGGGGGUGGCGGCUGCCGUCGUACGACGAGCGCGGCGCGGGCGCCGUGGACGCGACGCGGUCGGAGGCGGCGGCGAUCGAUACGAGGGCGAAGAAGAAGGACGGCGUCGUCGCGGCCGGGCCGGCGUCGCCGUGGUCGUGGCCGUCGAGCGGCGGGCGGGGCGCGAGGUGA